GGCUGGAGGUGAUUCCCCAUGCGGUCGCGCGCAAGCAGUCCGCAGAAUACAGGGGCCCUGUUAGACUACUUAAAAAUUCCAUCCUUCCUCUCCUCCUUUUAGCUUAUCAUUUAUUUGAAAAAGUUUGAAAGGUAAAAUCAAUCUAGUGGGUCACUUCUUUCCUUUUGCCAAUCCCAUCAUGUCAAAUCAGUGAUCGCCAUCAAGUAACACGGCCCAGUUCCUCAUUUGAAAUGAGGGGGGCUUGCGCUGCCCCCUCCUCGACCCCCCUUCUCGCGCCCACCCCCGGCAGGCACCACCGAUUGUUGACAAAGACACCGCGAGACGGAGAAGAGAGCCUUGUUUUUUAGCAUUACGCCAUCGGAGGACUACCGAUUAACCGUCCGUUGACGGAGAACGGGGAAGCAGCGCGAACGUCUUGAAAACCAACCGUGUGGCCGGCUCGAGGCGAUUCGUAAUCGUUACCUAGUGGUCGGACCGCAGACCUUGGCGCGUGAAGAAGAGGACACCCCGGUAACCAAAGCCACCUUUACCUACCCACACCGACAGAAUGAUCACGGCGGGUCGGGAUGGGUUGGUGUCGGUGUGAUUAACGUGUCUCAAGGAGUCUUCCGUACCUAGAAGAACCAGGAGGCCGGGAUCCAGGCGAGGUCUGGCGGGCAUGGUGUGAUCUGAGUCGGGCAGCCAGUCUGGAUCUGACCGGUGACCACCCGUCCUUUCCCCGGAGCCUGUGUGGCCCCAAGCCGCGUCCAGAGCACUCCAAGAUGGGGAAUUGUGACGGGAGAUGCACGCUGGUGGCGAUAUGUUCACUGCAGCUGAUGGCAGCACUACAGAGACAGGUGUUUGACUUCCUGGGCUACCAGUGGGCUCCUAUCCUGGCCAACUUCCUCCACAUCAUGGCCGUCAUACUGGGGAUCUUUGGAACCGUGCAGUUCAGAUCCCGCUACCUCAUACUGUAUGCAGUGUGGUUGGUGCUGUGGGUGGGAUGGAACUCCUUCAUCAUCUGUUUCUACCUGGAGGUGGGACACUUGUCACAGGACAGGGACUUCCUGAUGACUUUCAACACGUCGCUGCAUCGGUCCUGGUGGAUGGAGCAUGGCCCUGGUUGCCUCGUAACGCCGGUGUUGGACUCCCGCAUCGCCCCUGAUGACCACCAUGUCAUCACCGUCUCCGGCUGUCUCCUUGACUACCAGUACAUUGAGGUGUUGAGCUCCGCACUACAGGUCUUACUGGCUCUCUUUGGCAUUGUGUAUGCCUGCUACGUGAGCAAAGUCUUCCAGGAUGACGAGGAUAGCUUUGAUUUCAUUGGUGGCUUUGACUCUUAUGGUUACCAGCCUCCUCAGAAGACCUCCCACCUUCAACUGCAGCCCCUCUACACGUAGGGCUGGGUAGGUGAAGGUGGCGCCCCUAUCAGUCAACACCUCAGCGGGAAAGCUGAGUCACCAUGGGAACAGAACAUUCACUCUGUGUCACAGUUUUACUGAACGAUAGACUCACCUGAGUGUGUAUGUGAAACCGUGUGUGUAUGUGUUAACUGAGCGUAAACUGACUGACACCCCUGAUGUGAAUGUACAGAGGGAGGAACCAGCAGUUCUAGGGGGAAACGGGGGGGGUAGACACUGGGCGUGGUCACAUCCUAAUGGACAAUGAGGAUAUUGAGAGGACACUGCACCUACCGGCUCUCCGCACUCCUGGGACCCCCUGUGUGUGUGUGUGGCGCUACAGGACUAGCUGGAUGACCUCUGAACUAUUGUGGAAGGGGCCUCGACAUCACAUAGGGCACAGCUCUUCAUGUUGUCGUUUUAGAAUGUGAUGAUGUUGUAUAGAACAGUCAAAUGCCCAAUUCCAAACUUGUCCCUAGUUCUGUUGUGACAGGGUGACCCUGUUUAAACACAAUCACGGAAAAAAAGCAGAAGCGGUUUUGGUGUGAUGGCGUGUACACCUGGUUAAGUGAUCUGUUAUGGACGGGUUAGGGAUUGGGCUUUAGUGUCUCUGGGUAAAGAUGUGGGGGAUUCUGUGCAUGUACAUAUCUGGCUGAUGAUUGGUUAUUGUUUUUGUUUGGGGGUGAUCGUGUAGCCACGCCCCUCUACGUUUCUCCUCUCUCCUUUUUGACGACCCAGGGAGAAUCUCAAUUGCAUACUCCUCGCAUCCUCUCUCCACGCCUCC